AUGGCGGAGCCUGCCCUUCUCCUCGCCGCCCAGAUGGAGCAGCUGGCCUGGGCGCCCCUGGCCUCACCGUGUCCCCGGAUCCCGAGGGCCCGCAUCGCCCGGGGGCACUGUGCCCAGUGCUGGGCCGACCUGGGCUGCAGCUCUGGCCCCUCCUCGGGCCGAAUGAUUCAGCUUCCCCAGAAGAGUCCCCUGCGACCACGGCCUGCCGGCUGCUCCCCGCCGUCCUCUGCCGAGAGCUUGUCCAUGGAUGGCUUUUGGAUGGAGGUGGAGAGGAUCCAACAGAGGGAUGAGCUGAGAGAGGAGGACAGCAGUGACGGCCAGCUCCCAGAGGAAGGGGAAGCUGAAUCCCAGUGGCUGCAGGACACAGGCCUGUCGGGUCUCCUUGGUGGCCUGGGCUUGGACAGUGAUCACCGGGAGCUCCUGUCCACCCUGACACAAACCCAGGUGGCCGCUGUGUGCCGCCGGCUGGACAUCUAUACCCGCUCAGCCCGAAGACGGCACAAGGCACCUAUCAGAGAUGUCAGGGACGUCUUUGGAGUCUUUAAUGCAGGGGGAGUGUCUUCAGAGAAUGGGGACUCAGGUGUGAAAUGGACCCAGCUCAGUUGUGGGGCUUCCAAGUCUCCUCCAGCAGCAGCAGAGCCUGGGAGGCCACAGGAGCAGGCUGGGCGGGAAGAAGCCUUCAACAUGGACUCUGCCUACUCGGAACAAGCCGCAGCGCUCCUGCAGAGGGCCAGGCCAUCCUCAGGAGGCACCUGUGCCUGGGGCAAGGGCUCCCUGCCGAAGUUCCGAAUCCACAAAGGCAGACUUGGCGUGACGAGGAUAGCAGACUUGUCCCCGCAGGAUAUGAAGAAGGUCCCUCCUCUGGCCCUCAUAGAGCUGACUGCACUCUGCGACGUCCUGGGCCUGGACCUGAAGAGGAGCAAGGCGGGGAAGUGGAAAGCGGCGGACACUCGCCUCUUCGGCGUGCCCCUCGAUAGCCUGUUAGAAGCUGACCACAAAGUCCGCCCCAGCGCACAGGUCCCGCUGGUCCUUCAAGCCCUGCUGUCCUGUUUGGAAAAGAGAGGGCUGGACACGGAAGGCAUCCUCAGGGUGCCUGGAUCCCAGGCCAGGGUCAAGGGGCUGGAACAGAAGCUGGAGAGGGACUUCUACACUGGCCUUUUUAGCUGGGACGAGGUUCAUCACAACGAUGCGUCCGACUUGCUCAAAAGGUUCAUCCGGAAGCUGCCAGCGCCUCUGCUCACCGCCGAGUACCUCCCAGCCUUCGCCGUGGUGCCCAACAUCCCGGACCUGAAGCAGCGUCUGCAGGCCCUGCACCUGCUCAUCCUCCUCCUCCCGGAACCCAACAGGAACGCCUUGAAGGCACUCCUGGAAUUCCUCAGGAAGGUGGUGGCCCGGGAACAGCACAACAAGAUGACCCUGUGGAACGUUUCCACGGUGAUGGCCCCUAAUCUCUUCCUGCACCAGGGGCGGCCGCCCAAGCUGCCCAAGGGCCAGGAGAAGCGGCUGGCAGAGGGCGCGGCCGAGGUGGUGCAGCUGCUGGUGCACUACCAGGACCUGCUGUGGACGGUCGCCUCUUUCUUGGUGGCCCAGGUGCGAAAACUGAACGACAGCAGCAGCCGGCGCCCCCAGCUCUGCGAUGGGGGCCUCAAGACUUGGCUGCGGAGGAUACACGCAGACAGGGACAAGACGGGGGACUGCCCGGAGGCGACUCUCAAGGUGGCGAAGAUCCAGGUGGCCUGGCCUACCAGUGACGUCCUGAAGGUGCCUCUGACCCCCAGCACCAGAGUGGCCCACGUCCUGAGGCAGUUCACAGAGCGCAGCAGCCUUGGUUCAAAGGGUCGAGAGGGCAGUGAGGACACGGACAGCCUCCUCCAGCGCCGCCGGUCCAUGAAGUCGGCCAACAUCCUCCUUUAUGAAGUUGGAGGAAAUAUAAGUAAGUCCCUCUUGGGAAGUGGGUCCAGAGCCCAGGUCCCUGGGAGUUCUUUGACUCUGAAGGCUCACUGGGCCCCUCUGGGGGAGGCCAGAGUCCUGCUCAGGCCUGUCUCCAGUGAAACCAAGUGGAGCUCUGCUGUGAGGUCAAAGGUCAGCCUGGGCGCACCUUUGAAAUCCAUCCUACAGCUUGGAGUUUUGCCCAGAGCUGGCCUCAGGCUUCAUCUUUAGUGUGAAGGUGGUCAGUGCCACCAGCGAAAUUGAUGCUUCUGGGACAUCUAGCCGGGGUGGACCUCACCCCAGGCCCAUGGGCCACAGAGCCCUUAAGGAAUUCUGCCAACAUAUGGCUAGCUCUUAGCGGUCCCUGGCUUUGUGGAAACCAAGGAUGGGCAGCUGUUGCGUUCUCUUAGAGCAGUGACCCCCAAACUUCAGCAGUGCAUCAGAAACACAGGCCUGCGUGGGGCCAGAGAACGUGCGUUUCUAACAAGGUCCCAGGUGAUGCUGGUGCUGCUGGUCCCUGGGCCACAAGAGAGCCGCUGGCUGUGAACCAGAGGCCGAGACAAGGCUUCAGGGUGGCACAUGCGUUUUUGAGGGGUGCUCCUUCGGGAGGGAGCCAGCGUGAUCCGAAUCCCGGGGCUUGGCCUGAUCCACAAGGGGGCGCUGGAGCGUAAAUUGCAUCAGAGUCGUUUCAGUUUGAGGCAGGGAGGCUGGGCUUUGGUACCUCUGCAUCAGUCAUUGGCUGUGGGCUGCCCGGGGGAGGCGGGCAUACCUUCCCCGGGAGGUCCUCCAUCCGCAGAGGUCACUUUUGCAGAGCAGCCACGGCUCACGCAGCAGGGCAGGGGACAGUGCGUUGCCCAGAGAAGGGCUCUGGGCAGGGCAACAGCAUCCUCCACUGCCAACCCCUCCGCCUCCUUCGCGCCUUCUUCCCACAGGCGAGCAUCGCCUGGACCCGGAUGCCUACCUCUUAGAUCUGUACCGCGCCAACCCCCACGGCGAGUGGGUCAUUAAACAGAGCCC